AUGACACAGGAACCCUCUGCCCUUCACCCAGAAGAGUUGCUCGUGUAUGACGACGAGUACCAAGUCAUCAUCUGCCAACAAUGCCAAUACGCACUUCGUGGAACCGCCAUUGACAGGCAUCUGAAAGAAGUCCAUAAGAUUCUCCGAUCGUCACGGCGCCCGUACAUGGCCUACGUCUCCAAGUUUCCUCUCCUCGAGCCCGAAGAAGUUAUCAAUAAGCCUCUGAACGAUUUCCCCGUUCCUUUCCUGCCUGUCUUCGACGGCCUGAAGUGCAUGGAUGGUUCUUGUAGCUACCUGUGCAUUUCUGUGAAGCGGAUGCAAAAACAUUGGCUGUCGGAACACGGAAGACAUGGGUAUGACAACAAAGACUGGCAACAUGCCUUACUUCAAACAUUCUUCAGGGGAAACUCGCUACGAUACUUUACGGGGCCUUCGAAGGAGCCAGUUUGUGGAGAAAGCCAGGUUAUGAAAGGUUGUAGGUCGCCAAGGAUUAUCAAAAUGCCUGAUAAUGGGUAUUUAUUUCCCUCCAAGGAUGAGCUCUUGGACCACUUUCAAACGUCAACAUUCAGCACAAUCGUAAAAGGCGAGGAAGAUCUUUGGCGCCAUGCUGUGCCCGAAAUUGCCACCUCCCACCAAUUUCUGAUGCAUGCCAUUCUCGCUUGCUCGGCAUUGCACCUCGCUGCUAAACAUCCGUUACAACAGCAAUACUUGAUUUGCGCAUUCAAAUAUCAGAGCAUUGCCAUGCCUCUGUUUCGAGAUGCUGUAGCAAAGGUCACAGAAGAUAAUUGCCACGCUAUUCUUGGAUUCAUGCACCUUCUAGUUGUAUAUUCUUUCGGUGCAGAGAGACAUGAGGAUUCUCUCCUCUUGAUUGAUACCUCAAGUCCAGAGCCCGACUUCUUGUUGAGCUGGCUGUACUUCCGACGCAAUGGAUGCACACUUUUAGGCAAUUACAAGGAGCUGAUCUCGUCUGGGCCUUUGAAACAGCUCUGUCGAUGUUCUCACCUACCAGAUAUAACAACUGAAAAGCUCCCACAGACACUGGAUGUAUUGCUUGUAGCCCUAGAGGACCUGCUUGAGUCUCUCCACAAGGGGGACGAGCUUUCAAUGGAAGACUGUCAAGCAUUUGAACAAGCAGGCCACCAACUACUUCGUUCAUUUGUCAGGGCCGGUAACUUGGGCAGUGACUUCAACCCAUGGGAUGCUGUCUGCGGCUGGCCAAUGCUAGUCUCGUUGCAAUACACGCGUCUUCUCGCGCAGCAGCAUCCCGUUGCUUUGAUUCUUCUAGGAUACUAUUGCUUGCUCCUCAAAAAGCUACAAGGGUACUGGUUCAUUGGCACCUAUCCUCUACGACUUCUGUAUCUCAUCAAAGGGGGUUUAGAACAACGAUGGCAUUGCUAUAUUGAUGCUCUGAUAUCUAGGUGGGAGGAAGGAUUAUAG